GUGAGAAAAGUCACCAUCACAGCCUUGUCCCUAUAUCUCAGUUCCCACCGCUUGUAAUAGAAAACCUCCUCAAAAAUAAAAUAUUAUACUUGGGGGGUCUAAAUUGUCUCAUGAUCGUGUUUCCCUCUUCAAAUUUUUGAAGAAAUUGAUUUUCAGGGGCAUUAGAAAGCAGCCGUUGAUUGGUGUUGCUUGUUCUAGAUGGAGUCGUGCAAUUGUAUUGAGCCGCAAUGGCCUCAUGAUGAUCUGUUGAUGAAGUAUCAAUAUAUUUCUGAUUUUUUCAUAGCCCUUGCUUAUUUUUCAAUCCCAUUGGAAUUAAUUUACUUUGUUAAAAAAUCAGCUGUUUUUCCGUAUAGAUGGGUUCUUGUGCAGUUUGGUGCUUUUAUAGUGCUUUGUGGAGCAACACAUCUAAUCAAUUUAUGGACAUUUAGAAUACAUACUAAAACAGUUGAAGUAGUUAUGACUACCGCUAAGGUUUUAACCGCUGCAGUGUCGUGUGCAACUGCACUGAUGCUCGUGCAUAUAAUUCCAGAUUUAUUGAGUGUGAAAACUAGGGAAUUGUUUUUGAAAAAAAAGGCUGCAGAUCUGGACCGAGAGAUGGGCCUCAUCCGUACCCAAGAAGAAACUGGGAGACAUGUUAGGAUGCUGACUCAUGAGAUCAGGAGUACUCUUGACCGACAUACAAUCCUUAAAACCACUCUUGUUGAGCUUGGUAGGACAUUGGCUCUUGAAGAGUGUGCUCUAUGGAUGCCAACGCGUACAGGAUUGGAACUUCAAUUAGCUUAUACACUCCGUCAACAAAAUCCUGUUGGAUUUACCGUUCCCAUACAACAUCCAGUAAUCAAUCAAGUAUUCAGUUCCAAUCAUGCUGUGCAAAUCUCACCAAACUGUCCUGUAGCUAGAAUCCGUCCUAUCUCUACGAAGUACAUGCCUGGAGAGGUGGUUGCUGUGCGUGUUCCCCUUCUUCAUCUUUCUAAUUUCCAAAUCAAUGAUUGGCCAGAGUUAUCGACAAAACGUUAUGCGCUGAUGGUUUUGAUGCUUCCUUCGGACAGUGCUAGACAAUGGCAUGUUCAUGAAUUGGAGCUUGUUGAAGUUGUUGCAGAUCAGGUAGCAGUUGCCUUGUCCCAUGCGGCAAUUUUGGAAGAAUCUAUGAGAGCUCAACAACAACUUUUGGAGCAAAAUGUUGCACUUGAUUUGGCUCGCAGAGAAGCGGAGACUGCCAUCCGUGCUCGAAAUGACUUUUUGGCUGUGAUGAAUCAUGAAAUGCGGACACCUAUGCAUGCAAUUAUAGCCCUUUCCUCCUUACUGCAAGAAACUGAGUUGAUCCCUGAGCAGCGAUUGAUGGUUGAGGCAAUUCUAAAAAGCAGUAAUCUUCUUGCGACUCUGAUAAAUGAUGUUUUGGACCUUUCACGGCUUGAAGAUGGAAGUUUGAAGCUUGAUAAUGGAGUAUUUAAUCUCCACACGAUGUUUAGAGAGGUCCUUAAUUUGAUCAAGCCCAUAGCAUCUAUCAAAAAGUUGUUGAUAACGACGAAUUUGGCAACGGAUGUGCCAGAGUUUGCUGUUGGUGAUGAAAAACGUCUAAUGCAGGUUCUAUUGAAUGUUAUUGGUAAUGCUGUGAAGUUUACGAAAGAAGGAAGUGUCUCAGUUACUGCUUUAGUUGCAAAAGCAGAAUCUUUAAGAGAUGCUCGGACUCCUGAUUUCAUUCCAUUAGCGACAGAUGAUCACUUCUAUUUGCGAGUGCAGGUGAAGGAUUCAGGACCUGGAAUCAAUCCGCAAGAUAUUCCAAAGCUCUUCACAAAAUUUGCCCAACCACAAACACCUGCCAAUCGAAAUUCUGGUGGUAGUGGACUGGGCCUUGCCAUCUGCAAGAGGUUUGUAAAUCUCAUGGAAGGGAAUAUCUGGAUUGAAAGUGAAGGUCUUGGGAAGGGUUGCACAGCUAUUUUUGUAGUUAAACUUGGAAGUCCCGAGCGUUCAAAUGGAGCCAUGGUCCCUUUUGCAUCCAAACCAUUGGUGAAUCAUAUUCAAUCGAGCUUUGGUGGCCUCAAAGUUCUCAUUAUGGAUGAGAAUGGGGUUAGCAGAACAGUGACAAAAGGACUUCUGAUGCACGUUGGAUGUGAUGUCUUGACUGUAGCGUCUAGUGAGGAAUGUUUGUUAGCUGUCUCCCGAGAAUACAGGGUGGUAUUCCUUGAUUUGUCUAUGCCUGGAUUUGAUGGCUUUGAAGUUGCUGUUCAAAUAAGAAAAAGGUUCUCAAAGCGUCAUGAAAGGCCGUUAAUUGUAGCACUCACUGGGAGUGCGGACAGGUUGACCCGAGAAAAUUGUGUCAGGGUGGGUAUGGAUGGUUGCGUAUUGAAACCUAUAUCUGUUGAUAAAAUGAGAAGUGUUUUAUCUGAGCUCCUAGAAAGACGAACUGUGUUUGAGCCGCUCUAGGUAUUUGUAGAACACUUGGUUCAGUGAUAUAAAGGAAGGGAGAAACAUAGAGUAUUCUAGGCAUGACAAGAUGGUGCUGCCAAAUUUCUUUUUUUUUUUUUUACUUUCUUCAAUUUUUUUUGUAACCAAUCGGGGGACUGGAGGUGUUGGUGUCUGACAUUCAGUUCCAGGUGUUCUUUCAAUGUAUAUACCAUAGUGUUGAGAAUAGCACAGAACUAUAGAAGAGGCAGUUAUCAAGCUAUGCUAAUUAAACAGAUAUAGAUAGCACUUGAAACAGACUGCAACAGGGGAGCUAAAAUUGACAAAUCCGUGGCAAUUGUGCAGCUUUUUUUUUAAAUAAUUAUUUUGGACAAUCAUUCGUAACUAUAGUAGUUAACUACCAAAUGUAUGAUAUUAUUUAAGUGUUGGCUUCAACUAAGCUGAGAUCAAUGGUGGUGAGCUUUUGGUGUUAACCUUAUCAAAGCUUGGCUCGAGAUGAACUACCUAAGAAGCCUAGGCCUAACACGAGGCCUGAUUAGAUAUUACACUUGUUCUGCCUUUUAUUAGAGUUUCUAUUUUUGACAACUUAGUUUAUUUGAAAAGAAUAUACUUCGUACUUAUUUUGAUGUAAAAAUAUUACUCCAACAACAAAUGUAUUUAUUUUGAUGUAAAAAUAAUACUCCAACAAAUGGAGUAACUAAACUUGA